AUGUCUGCGAACAAUACAAGCUCUCGUAGCACCGGCGAAUCUACUAGGACCACCUUUCUCGGCAUGGUUUUGAACGACGACCAGUCCGUCGCGCCGACCUUCCCAACAGGUCAAACCAUGAGCUCCGCAGUCGAUAGAGCCAUUCGACGACUCCCCACGCCCCCGCCCCGCCAAACCACGCCGGUGCCAUCGGAUCCGGCACGUUACCAUACUCCAAAUCCAGCCUUCUCCAUCAGCUCCGCUCUGUUGGAAGUGGUUAAUGCCGAGCUCACCACCCUCAAUCCCGCCGUCUCCGCCCAACAAAGCUCCUUUGGGACGGCUUCUCUUGCCCCCCGCUCCGCUGCCCCCGCCUCCUCCGCCGGUGGAAACCCGGCAUACCUGGAUGCCAUCCAGGCGCAAUACCAGACCGCCCCCGCCCUCGCCGCCCCCCACCCCCACGGAGAAGGCACGAUCGACAGCUCCGCCUCGGCGGACACGGCAAACAACGCUGCUCCCCCGGCCCAACAGGGCGCAAGUGCCCAAGGGCACGUUUUCAUCGGGUCCUGGCCGUGCGUUGCGGUGACGAACUGCGUCACCGGCAACGACGACAUGCGGAAGGUCGUGUCACAUGUAUUCGGCCGCAACAAGAGAAGUACCUCGCUCCUCCCCGCCGACGCCUGGCUGCGGUGGUGCCGCAACCACUACCAGCGGAAAUGCUACCGCGGCAAAGUCGAGGGCAAUUGGCACCUCCAGCAGCUGGGCGUCGUUCGGGAGCAAUUAGCUCGUUUUGAGGAGACUCGUCUGGUCGCGUCGUUCGAUAUUUAUUUGACCAGGGCGGCGGAGGCGGCGGCACGCGAUGCCGACAAUUGGGAGAGUCUUUUGCUGGGGUUGGUGGGGAAUGGGCGGUCUUUUGCGGAGGUGAGGGAUGUGCUUGAUGACCUCGAGACGUGUUUUGAGGAUGCGAGAUUCGCCUCGCGGAGGGGGGAUGAGAAGGCGUUUCCGGGGCUAGAAAUAGUCCCUAAUAUUCCUGAGUAG